AUGUCCGACGAGGCUGCUGCUUCUGCGGUUUCAAGCAGCACAACCACCACCAGCAGUGGCGCUUUGACUGCUGAUUCAUCGGAACCGGCUAAAAGCAAACGCCGACGAUAUUUUACGAAUGGACGCAGUCGGACCAUUGAGCUUUCGACGCUCGCCGAAAUUGAUGAGGAGGAUCCCGGCGAGGAGAAUGUGUAUCAAACUUCCAUUUUUGGCGAUGAGUCUCGGCCGAAAUCGACGCAGGACGACAUGUUCAUCAACUCGGCUCCGAAUCGCUCGAUUAAACGCGGCUCGGUGAAAUCGCAGGCGUUGAAAUUGAGCGAGAAACUCGCGCAGAGAACCGAAAGUAGACUGAACACGGAAAAAGACGAGGAAAUGAUGAGCCAACAGAGUUGCAGUAAUCGGCAUUCUUUCUCACAGCCGCCACCGCCUGGAGCGGCGUUCGCAGAGGUCAAAGUGCAGCGUAAUUUUUCGGAUUGUAGAAAGGAAGCAAGAAGUUGUGAGACAAAUGAUUUUGCUUCUCGCGAAUGGCCUCAACCGGACAUGUUUCAGCCGAAUUUUCAGUAUCCAAUGCAUUCCAGACGUCCAAUAUCACGAUCAGCCUCAUUCGUAACGCCGACGCCAUUGCUCAUCUAUCCAAUGGUCGACAAUCGUUGCGAGAGUCGAAUCGGCGAGUACGCGAUGCCGAUCUACUACGCGAUGCCGCCACCGCAACCGCCGCCCAUGUUUCUACCAUUCGGCGCGACACCGGCGUCGACGUCGAAAGCCGUCGAGGCGCCGAUGAUGAUGAUGCACUCGUUCGAGGUGCCGCCGCCGCCGCAGAAGCUCAUGCGACGCAAAAUGGCGACGUCGCGCAAAAAGUCGUGGUGCUCGCGCAUCUGCUGCGCCGGUCUUGCUCAACUCCUAUGGACUAUCGUGUGCAUCAUUUCGUUCGGAAUAAUCGCUUCCUUAAUUCUCGCCCUCUGCUAUAUGUGA